UCGCAGGUCCUGGGGUCCCAGUGGCGGCCCGAGCCCUUGGUCCACUGGCAGCGGGCGGGUGGUCCGGCCUCCCGCCCCCACUUCGCGCGUGCGCGCCCGACGUCUCCCUCCCGGCCACCUUCUUUGGCUCCCGCGCGGCGACAGCGGUUCCUCUCCCCCUCCCCCUAGCCCUGGCUCCGGGGGACCCCGCGAUGCCGGUCCGCACAGAGUGUCCCCCGCCGGCUGGUGCCUCGGCCGCCUCUGCGGCCUCACUCAUCCCGCCGCCGCCCAUCAACACCCAGCAGCCCGGCGUGGCCACCAGCCUGCUCUACAGCGGCUCCAAGUUCCGCGGCCACCAGAAGAGCAAGGGGAACUCGUACGACGUAGAGGUGGUGCUGCAGCACGUGGACACGGGGAACUCUUACCUUUGUGGGUACCUGAAGAUUAAAGGCCUUACUGAGGAGUAUCCAACCCUUACAACUUUCUUUGAAGGGGAAAUAAUCAGCAAAAAACACCCUUUUUUAACGCGCAAGUGGGAUGCAGAUGAAGACGUUGAUCGGAAACACUGGGGCAAGUUUCUGGCUUUUUAUCAGUAUGCAAAAUCAUUUAAUUCAGAUGACUUUGAUUAUGAAGAGCUGAAGAAUGGGGAUUAUGUCUUCAUGAGGUGGAAGGAGCAGUUCCUGGUUCCAGAUCAUACAAUCAAAGACAUCAGCGGUGCUUCCUUUGCCGGCUUCUAUUACAUCUGCUUUCAGAAGUCAGCAGCUUCCAUAGAGGGCUACUACUACCAUCGGAGUUCAGAAUGGUAUCAGUCCCUCAACCUAACUCAUGUUCCUGAACAUAGUGCACCCAUCUAUGAAUUCCGGUGACAUCGGCUCAGAACAUCAACCAGAUAAAACUGAACUUGGCACCAAAGAGCUUUGCCAAGAAAAUUGUGUACCUGCCAGAACCAGGAGAGUUUUGUUCCUGUUUCUUCAUGAGCAGAUUCGAAUCAGAAAGCAUGAAUGUUAACCCACAGAAUCCAAGGAGAAAGGCCAACCAGCAGGGCAGGUGGAGGACUGUCUUCCUUCCUCCUCCAACUCUGUGGCGGUCUGGUCGUCAUCUGUUUCCAAGCUACCUUAAAUGCACUUUUCCUUCCUGCACAGCUCACUUCUGCAUUGCUGAAAUGCCCGUUCCUUUCUCUGCCCUGCCUCCAGCCGAGCAGAAGGUCAGCUCCUGGGUCACCCUCAGCCUUGGUGCUCAGUGGUCCCCACCCAGGCCCUCACCCCUCCCCAGUUGUUUAUCUGGUAGCCCAAGACAAGGCAGAGCCCCAGCACCUCUGUGUCCCCAGAGCUCUGUGCGAGAAAUUGGCCAGCUGUGGCCACAUCUGCCACCAGUGAAACAAGGCAGGACCCUGUGGGGCCUCAUUGGUCUUCAUUCAGUGGGCACUGCUGAGCCCUAUACUAUUAACUACGCAGGGCUAGUAUGUGGCUGUCAGGUUCCUGAGCCUGCAGCGGGAUCACUAAAUUUAAGGCUUCCAGAUCCCUGGCAGGAACAGAUCCCAAACCUGCAUACUCAGUACUUUUGGUCCAAACUUUUGAACUUGAGGGCAAUACUAAACUUAAAAAUAAGAGGGAUUUUUUUUUACAAAAUUAUUUUUAUGGUCCCUUUAAUGAGGACCCUAUGGCAAAUGCACAAUUAUUCAGAAUUACAUUUUAUCGUUUUCACAUUGAAAACAGCAAAUGUUGACUUAGUAAUUUUUAUAUGUAUAUGUAUAUGUAUAUGUAUAUUUAAUCAACCAGCAGUUUUGAAAUAAGUCAUCCUGGUACAGAAGUUUUGCAGCAUCACAUAAAUUAUAGUGCUAAACACAAGAACUGUUUUUGGGGCCAGUUUAGAAUUUGUACCUGCUCCUUUUGCUACUCAAAACAACAAUGCUUUGUGGUGACCUUUUCCACAAGGCAGAAAGGGUCUUCAUUCUCCAGAAACAGUGACUGAAAUGCCAGGAUGGGAUGAGGGAUGGGAAAUAUGAACUUGAGGCUCAUGUGCCAAAGUGUGUGUGUGUGUGUGUGUGUGUGUGUGUGUGUGUGUGUGUGUGUUGGUUUUCUUUCCUUUUGUUUUUUUAAAUGUUUAAAAACUUAAUAGGUUGGCACCAGUUGUAGCCCAUAAAUAGGGGCAGGGCUUUGGAGAAUUGGCAUUUUUCUGGUGGUUUACAUAACUUAGUCUAAAUAUAAGAAAAGCUUUAAAAACAAGAUAGCAUGGGGCUGGGGGUAUAAGCUCAAUGGUAGAGCACUUGCCUAGCAUGCGUGGGACCUUGGGUUCCACCCUCAGUACCACCAAAAAAAAAAAACAGCAUUGUAACUACAGGAACAGAACAGUCUGCAUGUUACACGUCCAUGGGCCGUGUAAGAAAAUGCAAAGCCCUUUGGUGAAAUGAGUGGUGGAAAUGAUUUUUAUUCUUAAGAUGUGACUUUCCUUUUCAUGACAUGUACUGUAUGUUACUGAGUCUGAAUGUUGGGGGAACCCUUAACACAUUCACAGUGGGGCCGUAAUUCAUAUGUCUCACUGCUGAGGGGGCUUGAACCACUGUUGGUAUAUGCAUGACAGUCCCACGCAUGACUUCCACUUCUGCCACCCGUGGUAUAAGCCACUGAAUGGGAUGGUCAUGCAUGUACCACUGGUGGUUCAAGAUGGUGGGAACAUGUUAAAAGUGCAGAAUUCAGGGAAGUAGCCAGUGGAUACUUGUGAGGUCUAAAUUUUGAAGUCCAGAGACUGUGCAGAGGUACAACCUACCCAUUCAGUGAGGGCAGGGCUUGGAGCCCCUAAAAAUCACUCUGAUAACUUUGGUGGAAAAAUAAUGCACAUCCUUUUCCAGAGAUGCAUUGAAAAUGUUUUUUGAUCCUUAAAAUUCAAGCUGGGCAUAAUAACAUGUGCCCAUAGUCCCAGCUCUUAGGAGCUCAGGCAUCUUAGUGAGACCUUGUCUUCAAAAAAAAGAAAAUCAUUCCCGGGGAUUUAGCUCAGUGGUUCCAGCGCCUGCCUCGCAAGCACAAGGACCUGAGUUCAAUCCCCAAUACAAAAAAAAAAAAAAAA